AUGCUACGAGAGCUUCAGAAACAGAAAAUAAAAAGCUUUCUAUUGCUGCCAUCCAAUCCUUGGAAGGUUUUAGUCAUUGAUGAACACACGCAGCAAAUUCUUUCUCCUCUCAUGAGGGUCAAUGAGCUGAGGGAGUGUGGAAUAACAGUACAUUUCCUUACAUCACAGAAGAGGCAUCCUAUCAGCAAUACACCUGCAGUGUACUUUGUAUCAAGCACAAAUGGGAUCGCAGAAGACGUGCUUGCAGAACUUUACUCUGAGUUCUACCUGAACUUUUCUUCAAAUAUAGGAAGGAAGGAGAUUGAACAACUGGGAUUUGUACUAUCUGAAAGGGGAUAUGGAUUGAGAAUAAAGUCCGUAUAUGACCAAUUUGUGGACUUUAUUGCACUACAGGAUGAUAUGUUUACACUUGGAAUGUGUAACAGCUUUGUAGAUAUGGCAGAUCCAGAGACAUUGAGGAAGACUGUGACGUGCCUAAUGAGUGUUUUUGUGACACUGGGCGAGAUUCCGUUUGUUUUGUGCAAGGACGAUGAUGUUUCAAUGCAGAUAGGUAAGAUGCUUGAAUCGAAGAUACGCAACACGAAAGUGAUUAAGAAGACUACUAAGAGACCAUUGUUAAUACUUGUCAAUAGAAAUUAUGAUGUGAUUACACCUGUGCAGCAUGUGUGGAGUUACAAUGCAUUGAUGUGCGAUCUUCUGGAGCUUGGCGCCAAUAAGGUUUCAAUGAAUGACAAAAAAACAUUUGAUUUGGAUCCACAGGACAGCCUAUGGAGAAAAUGUAGCAAUGAAUAUUUUCCAGUGGUUGUGGAGUGUGUUGAGAAGGAGCUGCUUGAGUACAAAAAGGAAAUGGCACUGAGGAGUGUGGAUGAAAAGACAGACAAAAAGACAAUACAAGAAGUUCUUGAGAAGGCGCCAGAACUUGCAAAGAGAAACGAGUCUGUAAAUGCACAUAUUUCAAUAUGCUCUGAAAUGGUGGAGAUAAUAAAGGAACGAUCAAUUGAUGACUUUUACAAGGUUGAGAAAGGUGGAUACACUACGCAGGAGUUGCUGGAGGUUUGUGAAAAGGGCAGCGAUCUUGACAUAUUAAGACUUGCAAUCGUUAUGCUUGGUACAAAAGACGCAGAUCUUGUUGAUCCACUGCUUCAGAAAAGAAAGAUAAAGUCGAAUGUGAUUGAUUUCUUCAGAAAACAAAAGAGAAGCACCACAGACAAAGCAGGAACACUGUAUUCACAGGUUGUCACAAACCUUAUGGGAAAUGUCAAAAAACUACUCCCUGUGAAAGAGCAGACACCUGUGUCAUCUCUUGCAGAGAUGAUUUAUGGAUCGAUCAAAUCUCAGGACUAUUCAAGCAUGAAGGUAUUCGACCCUUUGGGAUCAAACACAAUAUAUCCAGGAGAGGUUUCAAAGGUGGUGGUUUUUUGUGUAGGGGGAGGCACAUACACCGAGCUUAAGACAUUGAAACUUGCCGAGGAGAGACUGGGCGUGCCUGUGAUAUAUGGAUGCACCGAGGUCCUGAAUGCAAGUGUAUUCCUUAAACAGAUUGAGAGAUUGCUUGAGCAAGAUUAA